UCCCUUGACACCCAGAGCCACAAUGGCAGAGCUGCCCGCCUCGGAGCUGCCCGCGGACGCGGCUCUGUGCAGUGGGCGCUUCACCAUCAGCACACUGCUUGGGGCCGACGAGCCUCCGCCACCCAGCCAGCCCAGUCCCCUGACCCACGGCAGCACCCUCUACACGCGCACCUUCGGCUACAACACGAUCGAUGUGGUGCCGGCCUACGAGCACUACGCCAACAGCGCCCUCCCCGGCGAGCCGCGGAAGGUGCGGCCCACGCUGGCCGACCUGCACUCCUUCCUCAAGCAGGAAGGCAGCCACUUGCAUGCGCUGGCCUUCGACAGCCGGCCCAGCCACGAGCUGACCGAUGGGUUGGUGGAGGACGAGGCAGGCGCCAACAGCGAGAAGAGCCCUGGGGAGCCCGUGCGCUUCGGCUGGGUCAAGGGGGUAAUGAUCCGCUGCAUGCUCAACAUCUGGGGCGUCAUCCUCUACCUGCGGCUGCCCUGGAUCACAGCCCAAGCGGGCAUAGUCCUGACCUGGAUCAUCAUCCUGCUGUCAGUCACGGUGACCUCCAUCACAGGCCUCUCCAUCUCAGCCAUCUCUACCAACGGCAAGGUCAAGUCAGGUGGCACCUACUUCCUCAUCUCCCGAAGUCUGGGACCAGAGCUGGGGGGCUCCAUCGGCCUCAUUUUCGCAUUCGCCAAUGCUGUGGGCGUGGCCAUGCAUACGGUGGGCUUCGCAGAGACCGUGCGGGACCUGCUCCAGGAGCACGGCUCACCCAUCGUGGACCCCGUCAACGACAUCCGCAUCAUCGGCGUGGUCACGGUCACUGUGCUGCUGGCCAUCUCCCUGGCCGGCAUGGAGUGGGAGUCCAAGGCGCAGGUGCUGUUCUUCCUUGUCAUCAUGGUGUCUUUUGCCAACUACCUGGUGGGGACACUGAUCCCCCCAUCUGAGGACAAGGCCUCCAAAGGCUUCUUCAGCUACCGAGGGGACAUUUUUGUCCAGAACUUGGUUCCUGACUGGCGGGGCACGGAUGGCAGCUUCUUUGGAAUGUUCUCCAUCUUCUUCCCCUCGGCCACGGGCAUCCUGGCAGGGGCCAACAUCUCCGGGGACCUCAAGGACCCUGCUGUGGCCAUCCCGAAGGGCACACUCAUGGCCAUUUUCUGGACCACCGUCUCCUACUUGGCCAUUUCAGCCACCAUCGGUUCCUGCGUGGUGCGUGAUGCCUCUGGGGUCCUGAAUGACACGGUGACCCCGGGCGCAGGCGCCUGCGAGGGGCUGGCCUGUGGCUACGGCUGGAACUUCACCCAGUGCGCCCAGCAGCACAGCUGCCGCUAUGGCCUCAUCAACUACUACCAGACCAUGAGCAUGGUGUCCGGCUUUGCACCCCUGAUCACGGCCGGCAUCUUUGGGGCCACCCUCUCCUCUGCCCUGGCCUGCCUCGUCUCUGCUGCCAAGGUCUUCCAGUGCCUGUGUGAGGACCAGCUGUACCCGCUGAUCGGCUUCUUCGGCAAAGGCUACGGCAAGAACAAGGAGCCCGUGCGCGGCUACCUGCUGGCCUACGCCAUCGCCGUGGCCUUCAUCAUCAUCGCGGAGCUCAACACCAUCGCCCCCAUCAUCUCCAACUUCUUCCUGUGCUCCUACGCCCUCAUCAACUUCAGCUGCUUCCACGCCUCCAUCACCAACUCGCCUGGGUGGAGACCCUCGUUCCGGUACUACAGCAAGUGGGCAGCACUGUUUGGGGCGGUCAUCUCCGUGGUCAUCAUGUUCCUCCUCACCUGGUGGGCGGCCCUCAUCGCCAUCGGCGUUGUCUUCUUCCUCCUGCUCUACGUGAUCUACAAGAAGCCAGAGGUAAACUGGGGCUCCUCUGUGCAGGCUGGCUCCUACAACCUGGCCCUGAGCUACUCGGUGGGUCUCAAUGAGGUGGAAGACCAUAUCAAGAACUACCGCCCCCAGUGCCUGGUGCUCACAGGGCCCCCCAACUUCCGCCCAGCCCUGGUGGACUUCGUGGGUACCUUCACCCGGAACCUCAGCCUGAUGAUCUGUGGCCACGUGCUUGUCGGGCCCCGCAAGCAGAGGAUGCCCGAGCUCCGGCUUAUCGCCAACGGCCAUACCAAGUGGCUGAAUAAGCGGAAGGUCAAGGCCUUCUACUCCGACGUCCUCGCCGAGGACCUCCGCAGUGGAGUCCAGAUUCUCAUGCAGGCCGCAGGUCUUGGGAGAAUGAAGCCCAACAUUCUGGUGGUUGGGUUCAAGAAGAACUGGCAGUCAGCUCACCCAGCCACGGUAGAAGACUACAUCGGCAUCCUGCACGACGCCUUUGAUUUCAACUACGGCGUGUGCGUCCUGCGGAUGCGUGAGGGGCUCAACAUCUCGGAGGUGAUGCAGGCACACAUAGACCCCGAGGCCCUGGUGCGGGAGGAGCAGGCCAGCACCAUCUUCCAGUCGGAGCAGGGCAAGAAGACCAUCGACAUCUACUGGCUCUUCGACGAUGGAGGCCUCACCCUCCUCAUCCCCUACCUCCUCGGCCGCAAGAAGAGGUGGAGCAAAUGCAGCAUCCGUGUGUUCGUCGGGGGCCAGAUCAACAGGAUGGACCAGGAAAGGAAGGCGAUCAUUUCCUUGCUGAGCAAAUUCCGACUGGGGUUCCAUGAAGUGCAUGUCCUUCCCGACAUCAACCAGAAGCCACGGGCUGAGCACACCAAGCGGUUUGAGGACAUGAUUGCCCCCUUCCGCCUGAACGAUGGCUUCAAGGACGAGGCCACCGUCACUGAGAUGAGACGGGACUGUCCCUGGAAGAUCUCUGAUGAGGAGAUUAACAGGAACAGGAUCAAGUCCCUCCGGCAGGUGAGGCUGAAUGAGAUUCUGCUGGAUUACUCCCGGGACGCGGCCCUCGUGGUCAUCACCUUGCCAGUGGGGAGGAAGGGGAAGUGCCCAAGCUCUCUGUAUAUGGCCUGGCUGGAGACCCUGUCCCAGGACCUCAGACCUCCCGUCAUCCUGAUCCGAGGAAACCAGGAAAAUGUGCUCACCUUUUACUGCCAGUAACUCCAGGCUCGCAGUCCCUGCCCAAACUCAGCGUGCGUGGGGUGAGUCGGAAUGCCAGCUGCUCCAGACCACAGAAGCAGACUCACAGUCCCUUGUG